AUGGGUACAGUGAAGGUUAAAAUGGGUCACUAUGACGAAGCUCUCCAUCUAUAUCAACAAGCAAAAGAAGCUAAGAGAGCAGCAGGCAUUUUCGAUGAUCAUCCUGAUAUGGCUAAAAGUACACGAGAUAUUGCAUAUGUUUAUAUGAAACAAGCACGAUGGGAUGAAGCAUUUAACGCAUUACAAGAAGUGAAAAAUAUUCAGGAAUGCAUUUUACUUCCUACGCAUCCUGAUUUUGCGCGAACACUGUUUACUAUUGCCGUUGUUCUUCGCUCACAAGGACAUUAUGAUCAAGCAAUUGAGUAUAUGAAUCGAACUUGA